AUGUUAGUCUCUUUGUUUAUCCUUGCAUCGUUAUGCAAUAUUGUCAAUGCUGAUAAUGUUCUCGUUAUAAACGUUUGCUCUAUUCCUGUGCCAAAUGGACAAAAUUUUGUACAAAGGCCUUCAGUACCUGUCGAUAACUGCCAAGAUCGUGAUCCGCCGGCAUGCUUUGAAAUAUUCAAGCUCGAAAAUGCGGAUAUAGCAGUAUACGCACAAAAUCUUAUGCCGUAA